ACAACCAGACUGUGGUUUUGCAGGACGGGGUCCGGGACAAAAUCAAUGGGAGAAAUUGACUGGAAAGCUGAGCCAGGUUUCAUUGUUGUAAUUAUGAAGACAAUGACAUGUUUGUAUCUACACUUAACUUUUUUUUCCAAGUCUUCCAUACUCUCAUCUUCCAAGUCAACUUGCCAAUCAAAGACGUUCUUUAGAUUAGUUCAUUCAUGACAUGUAUAUAUUGUGAAUGGGGUGAGACUAUGCAAGAUUAAGAACACUAAGCAUAACAUCAUUCAUAGAGAAUCCGCUCACUGUUAAGAGAUUCCAUCACUUGUUCCUUAAAAUAUUGUUUUACCAGCUACUAGCAAUUGGGAAUUUGGUAUGGCUAUCGUAUAUUUGUUCAACUUCCUCUUGUUUUAUCACCUUCUACUCAUCCUCUGUGCUGGUUAUGGAUAUGGGCACCAAGGUUGUCCACACUCCUUUACUUGUGGCAAUCUUGGGUCUUUCCAUUACCCUUUUACCAAGGCAGAACAACCAGACUGUGGCUUGAUACCCAUACAUGGUUGUGAUAAUCCUCUAUCAAUCCAAAAAUUGAUCCAGCUGGAGAAAAAUGGAAAAUACUUUGUGCUUACAGGCAACAUUCAGCAGGAUGGGAUUUCAAUUUCGGAUGAAGAUUUGCACCGGCGUUUACAAAACAACAUCUGUGACACUUUGAAUAAUAGCUACAGUCUUCAAUCCCAUUCUCCUUUAUACUCUUAUUAUAUAAAAUAUAAUGUGACACUGUUCCGAUGCAAACAUGACCUCAAUAUGAAACCCCCACCACAUUAUUUUAAUCACUCCUGCACUCAGUAUGGUUAUGAUAUCUAUUAUGACAGCCUUUCCUUACCUAAAAAUGAUGAGGCUCAUAAACUUUUCUCAUCCUGCUCAGUUCUUCAGUUAUCAAAAAAGGACAAGCCUGAUACCACAGACAUUCUAUCGUUUUUAUCUGCUCAGAUGACUGUUCAAGUAGUAUUAUCUAAGGAUUGUGAUGAGUGCUAUAAUCUCAGAGAAGGUCAAUGUAGUCUUGACCGCGAUCAUCAGUUCUACUGUCACACAGAGAAAUUCCGAAAGAAGAUUCCGGUAAUGGCAACAGCUUCUGCCUUGGUAGUAGCUGGAGUCGUAGUUUUACUGAUGGUCCUGGCUUGCUGCUUCAGGACAAAUAUCAUCUCUGCUAUUACUCUUUUGUUUCCAAGGGAUCCAACCCAUCGGAUUAUUGAGGGGUUUCUGAAGGAGCACGGACCCCUUCCUACGGCGAGGUAUAGUUAUUCGGAGGUUAAGAAAAUGACAAACUCUUUCAGAAACAAAUUAGGCCAAGGGGGAUUCGGUAGUGUAUAUAAAGGGAAAUUACACGACAGACAUGUUGCGGUGAAGAUUUUAAAUAGAUCAGAAGGCAAUGGAGAAGAAUUCAUCAAUGAAGUGGCAAGUAUCAGCAGGACUUCACAUGUUAACGUUGUCAGGCUUUUGGGGUUUUGUUUGGAUAAGUCUAAACGGGCUCUAAUAUACGAGUUUAUGUCUAAUGGAUCUCUAGAUAAGUUUAUAUAUGAUGACAAAAGUUCAAUGCGGGCUUCUUGCCAAUUGGAUUACGAAAUACUAUAUGAUAUUGCAAUUGGCAUUGCACGUGGAUUAGAGUACUUACACAGAGGUUGCAACACUAGAAUUUUGCAUUUUGACAUAAAACCUCACAACAUAUUACUAGAUGAUGAUUUCUGCCCAAAAAUAUCAGAUUUUGGACUUGCAAAACUAUGUCCAAGAAAAGAAAGUGCUGUGUCAAUAUUUGGUGCAAGAGGAACUGCAGGGUAUAUUGCUCCAGAAGUAUUUUCCAGAAACUUUGGUGCAGUGUCGCAUAAAUCAGACGUCUACAGUUAUGGAAUGAUGGUCAUAGAAAUGGCUGGAAUGAAACAUAAUUUUAAGGCUAAAGUAAACUGUUCGAGUGAAAUAUAUUUUCCUCAGUGGAUUUACAAUUUUCUUGAAUCAGAUCAAGAGCUUCGUUUAGAAAAUAUGUUAAAUGAAAAUGAUGACAAAAUAUUGAGAAAAAUGUCAAUAGUAGGUUUAUGGUGCAUCCAAACCUAUCCUUUAACUCGUCCAGCCAUAAGUAGAGUAGUGGAAAUGUUAGAAAGUAAAGUUGAGUUACUGCAAAUCCCACCCAGACCAUUUUUAUCAGAUCCUUCAACUUCUCCAGUCAACUUGUCAGGUGACACAUUAUAAUUUGUGAGAAUUUUAAUACGUAACAUAUAUUACAUUACAUUAC